AUGACGCUGCAGUUGGUGGACAGUAAAUCACUCAUUCCAGACGACGAACGCCAUGCUUCCAAGUUGGCUCGGGGACUGGAUAUUGUCAUUCCAGAUCUUGUCAUGCAACAUAGGAAUGAUUUGUCAAAGAAAGAGCAACCAAAUACAAAGGUAUUACGGCGUAGCCGUAGAAAAAUGAAUAUGAUAAAUGAAUUGGCUGAUGUUAUAUUGGUAUAUAUAAUGUCAUUCUUAUCAAUGCGUCAAGCUAUUCAGACAAGUAUCUUGUCUAAAAGAUGGAAAAAUGUAUGGAAACAACUCCCUAAUCUAAUUGCAAAAAGUACGCAAUUUCCAAACGCCGCCAAUUUUACGUCUUUUCUCAACAAUUUCUUAACCUAUCGGAAUCAUUCCGACUCCUUGCAUAAUAUUGAUGUUGAUUAUUAUGGUUUUAUUCCCAUUCAUUUAUUGGCCAGACUCUUUAAAUAUGGUACGUCACAUAAUGUCGAGAAAAUUACAAUUAAUACUUCUGGCAUUGGUUAUCACCUCAGGAAUUUCGAGAUUUCGAAUAUCAUGUGUGGUCGUUCUAUAAGGUAUCUUAGUCUUUCAUUUGGUUUAACAAGAGCGAAAGUAGUAAUUUCACACAGUUUGGACCUCCCUGAGUUGACACAUUGUCUUCUUAGAAAUGUUUCAUUCUCAUCAAAUGACAAGAACGGUAAUCUUGAGCUAUUUUCGAGUUGUAAGAAGUUAUACUUUCUGAUUAUUGAUUGUUGCAACAUAAUUGGAGAUACAAAUUUGUUUGUGUCUAAUGAAAAUAUUUCCAAAUUGAUCAUACGAUAUGGUAUUGAUUAUAUUCCUAUGGUCAAAAUUCAAAUGCACACUCCAAAUUUGAAGUCAUUUACUUUUGCUGGCCGUUUUGGUACUAUUAUAAAUCGUAGCUAUCCACUCUUUGACGACAACCUCAAAUUUCUUGAAGAAGUAAACCUUCAACUUUGGAUCCUCGAGAUUUCUAGGGAGAUUGGUGAGACCUUGAUGUCUUGGUUAAAAAAGUUCGGUAACAUAUACUCUAUGACACUAACUUCUUCAACCGUUGAGGUUAUCACAUACAUUCUUAAUUUGUCCAACAUCGAAGAUGUUUGCUUUAGGAAUAUGGAGUCACUGCUCUUGAAAAUUGACCCUUUUGCACCUACAUUUUACUUUCCAAAGGAAGCAUUGCAAUUCUUAGUCAAGAAGAGUCGAUGCAAUGAAGCUAUAACUUCUUGUGAAGAAAUACCAUUGUUCUAUGAAGGUUUAGAAUUGAAGACAAAAAGUGGGAUUGUGAGAAUGCACCAAGAAUUAGAUUUGGCAUGA